AUGCAUUCCGAGGAGUCCAGAAGGGAAAAUGAUCAGGCUGUAUUGAAGGAAGUUUUUCCGCCACUGACAGCACCUCCGAAACCAUCGCCGUCUGCCCCCUCUUCCAUAGACCCUACCUCUCCUAGAAAACAGUUGGCGACUACAACCACUCGGAGACCAUACUCCGAGCUUGAGCUCUCGUCCGCGGUGCAGGCCAUUUGUUCCGGUCAGCUGGGCACCCGCAGGGCAGCCAGCGUCUACGGUAUCCCCCGUUCUACCCUGCGCAACAAGAUCUGCAAACUGAACGAGCUGCGACGUCGGGAGGAGGAACUGCUAGGCGGCGGUCGGCAGUUGAGUUUGAUUGAGUUUGUGCGACUCUGCGCCAUGGGAAGACCAUCGACCACGGUCAGACAAACGAGCCUGGGAAUGAUGACAGCCGGCCUCAUGAGUGGACGACGUCAUGCCAGUGUCGCCAGUCGGGUGUCCUCUGUUUUCCGGGUAAGGAUUGUUAACUGCCGUAAUUAUUGCUACUAUUUUAAUUUUAGUAGCGGUAUUGUCGCAAUAAACAGAGAGUGCCGUCACUUGAGUCAGCGGCCUUUCGGUUAACCGAAGUCCGGCGGUCUCCCAGUGCGUGUGUCAGCUACAAGCGAGCUUUGUUGAAUUAGGCGAUAAUAAUGACUAACAGGCUAGUUGGGCCGGUGGAUGAGGGCAUACUCACUAACGAGCAAGCCUAACAGACUUUUAUCUUCUUUCGCGCACUUCAAGGUCAACUGUCGCCGAUCGAUUGGCAAAGUGAUGCCCACCGCCGAAAUCCGGGCCAGGGGUACUUCACAAGGCUCGACCGAGCGGCUGGCACAGGCCGCAAAACAGGACAACCAACGACUGGUCUAA